AUGUCUUUCUGUAAAAAGAGUAAAGUUGAAAACGGUUAUUCAUGGACAUGCAAAAUUUGUGCUGUCAUUUUAUCCAUACGUAAAAAUUCAUUUUUUGAAGGAAGCAAACUUAGUCUCCAACAAAUUAUUAUUAUUAUAAUUUAUUGCUGGAGCAAAUAUCUCCCGCAAAAAAACAUUGCUGAAGAAGCAAACAUCCCCGAAAAAUACCACACCAUGACUGGUGCAAUUUUUGGCGGACUAAACAAAGAUGGAACGGCAAAAAUUGUAGAAAUCGACGAGUCAAAAUACUUCCAUCGGAAGUACCACCGGGGACAAUGGCGUGAAGGUCACUGGGUUUUUGGUGGGAUUGAGAGUCAGGUCAGUGCUUCAUGGUAG